GUGCAGAGUCAUCUAGGAACUUUUCUCUCCCUCGUAUUACAAUAUUCUCAUCUUCAUAUUAUACCGCGUUCCGUUAUUUAUGCUAUACAUUGUUUAGUUUCCUGUCCCGGCACGAAGCCAGCAUCCGUGUCACCGAGUUACCCGCUUCGACACGGUUUACUGUGAGACGCUUCGCAGGGCCGUAGGCUUUCAGUUUCUUCCUCUUUUCAAUGUUUAAUGCUUCACGGCCAUGAUAUCCCGAUGGCUUCAGCUUGUGAGCUGCCUGAUAGUGGCGCUCUGCCUUACACCACCCAGCGUUGCGAAGAAGUCCGAACCUACCGUCAGCAACCCUUUUAAGCUCCCUCAUGAGCCGCUGCUUAUGUUCUAUUUCGAGGAUACCGAUACUAUUCUUAUGAACUUGAGAAAUGGAGAUCUUAUGCGCUCAUUUGAUGCUGGCGCGAGCUGGGGGACAAUUGAAGAUGAGGGUAUGAAGAACGAGGUCGUGUCCGUCCACGAGCAUCCCUACGACAAGAACAAAGCAUACGCAUUGGGCAGAGACCAACGGCACUGGAUUACGACAGACCAGGCAAAAACCUGGAGGGCGUUCGAGGUUCCACAUAGUCCGCAUUACGCAGCCGGAGCAAUGUCACCAUUUUCCUUUCACGGGUGGGAUUCCAGCAAGGUCAUCGUUGAGACGAAGGAAUGCCCGAUGUGCAGUUUCAAAACAUAUUAUACGACGGAUGACUUCAAGUCGUUAAAACCACUGAAGGAAAGUGCUGCUGGAUGUUCCUGGGCAGUUGGCCACUCCCAUUUCGGGGCAGACGUGGAGCUCCCAAAGUACAUCAACGACCGAACCCUUUGUGUGCUUCCCGGCUUAAAGAACCCCUCCAGCUAUGCAUACCGUCUCGUAUACUCCGAUGACUACUUUGCCACAGAGGGCACAGAAGUGAAGCUCCAGGACGGGCGUCCAGUAUCUGGUGUUACUAAUGUUGCUGCUGUGAAGAAAUUCAUGGUCGCCGCCGUGGAAGCCCAAGGGACUGCCGAACGCGCUUUGUAUGUGACAAUUGAUACUGAGACAUGGCAUCGCGCGGAGUUUGAUGGCCACAGGAUUGAGGAGGAUUCAUACACUAUCUUGGAGAGCACGAAUUAUAGUCUUCAAAUUGAUGUUCUGACACAUCGUUCCAGCGGCAUGGGGACGCUUUUUACGUCUAAUUCGAAUGGAACAUAUUUCACCCGCAACAUCGACUACACUAAUCGCGGCCCGAGAGGCUACGUCGACUUUGAAAAGAUUGCCAAUAUCCAAGGGAUUGUGCUGGUAAACACCGUGGAUAACCCUGAUGAGGUCCUUUCUGGCUCUAGAAAGAAGGUUGUCACGAAAAUCAGUUUCGAUGAUGGGAGGACCUUUGAAUCACUGAAGGUUGAUAGCGAAACCCUCCAUUUGCACUCGGUGACAGCAUUCGCCAAUCUUGGACGAGUCUUCUCGAGCCCAGCACCUGGGUUAGUAAUGGGUGUCGGGAAUACAGGAGACUAUCUCAAAGAAUAUGCUAGUGGCAACCUUUACGUAUCGGAUGAUGCGGGCUUGAACUGGCGCCUUGCUCGGAAAGGGCCACAUAAGUACGAGUUUGGUGAUCAAGGCGCUGUCUUGAUGGCCAUUAGCGACGACGGGAAGGCUAAGAAGAUUGAAUUCUCUAUCGACCAUGGAAAGGAAUGGAAAUCGGUAGAUCUUCCACAUAAGCUGUAUCCUACGACAGUCACUACAACUCCCGAUUCAACGAGUUUGAAAUUCGUUUUAGUCGGAUUUUCGGGGGAAAUUGGCCAGGAACAAUAUGUAGUUUUCUCAAUCGACUUCGCCGAGCUGCAUGAGCGAAAAUGUGAAGAGGGCGACUUUGAUAAGGAAUGGCCUGCCCGAUUGGAUAAGGACGGCAAUCCCGACUGUCUCAUGGGUCAUAAGCAGUUUUAUAGGCGCAGAAAAGCCAAUGCAGACUGUUUUGUGGACGAGGAAUUCAAAGAUCCCGUGCCGGAUUUUAGGUCGUGUACAUGUACGGCUGAAGACUUUGAAUGCGAAUACAAACCUACUGAGGAUGGCAAGAGUUGUGUUUUGCCCUCGAGUUUGCGCCCCCCGGAAGGGCAGUGCCAGGACCCCAGCGAUACAUAUAUGGGUCCAUCCGGUUGGAGGCUCAUUCCUGGCAACAAGUGUAUCCGAGAAGGUGGAGAGAGCCUUGACAAGAACGUCGAGAUACCCUGCAGGAACGUCACCGAUCACCCGGGAGCUGGAAAGGAAAUAUUUUCCACCCCGAGCUCCAUCAGCGCUAAAAAGCUCCCCUACUAUUAUUAUAUGGAACGCCAGACGACCAAUCUUGGGGAUGAUGAGACCAUCUUGGCGCUCAACACCGAUAAUCAAUUGCUUGUUUCACAUGACCACGGAAAAAGCUGGAAACAGGAGCUCAAAGACGAAACCAUCGUGGCUAUUGCUCCCCAUCGUUAUAACAGCGAUAUGGCUUACGUUCUUACCAAUCGCGCUGAGGGUUUCUGGACCAUCGAUAGAGGACAAACUUUCAAGCCUUUCAAAACAAAAGCACCUCCAUCCCGGGACAGACUCUACCCUCUGGGAUUCCACCCGACUAAGAGAGACUGGCUACUUUGGAUAGGUGCCGCAGAUUGUGAUACCAAUGAUUGUCACUCUGAUCUCUAUAUAAGUAAGAAUCGAGGAGAAGACUGGGAACUCGUCCUUCGCUACGUUCAAAAAUGCGAAUUUGAGAGCAGGGCUAGUAGACCAGAUAGCGAUUAUCUUCUAUUCUGUGAACAGUAUGAAAAGGAGAACAAGAAAAACCGGCUGCAGCUUGUAUAUUCUACAGAUGAGCAGUUCUCCAAUUGGAAAGUUCACUAUGAAGAUGUUGCUCAUUAUGCUGCGAGGUCAGAAUACAUUGUGGUAGCCUCGCGAAAUACCGAAACCGGAGCCUUGAGGGCUAGCAUUAGUCUUGAUGGCUUGACGUUUGCUGAGGUGAAAUUUCCCUCUAAUAUUGACCCCUAUCAGAAUCUAUACACCGUGCUUGACGCUACAACGCACGCCGUUUUCCUUUAUGUUGAGCAAGGCAACGGGCCAGGUGCCGAAUACGGCUCGCUGGUGAAGAGUAACAGCAAUGGUACGACUUUUGUUCUUAGUCUCGAUCGAGUGAACCAAAAUACUAGGGGGUAUGUCGAUUUUGAGCGAAUGGCCUCCUUGGAAGGUGUGAUCGUUACAAACAUCGUCAGCAACGUGGAAGAAUUGCCAAGCGGCGCAGAUAAAAAGAUCAGGACGAUGAUCACUCAUAAUGAUGGUGCACAGUGGUCACUCCUUCCUCCUCCGGCAAAGGAUGCCGAAGGCAAGAGUUUUGACUGUUCUACGCCAAAUGGUAAAGGCACUGAUCAAUGUGCGCUUCACCUUCACGGGUACACGGAGCGUAGGGACGAACGAGAUACCUUCUCUUCUGGCUCAGCAAUUGGUCUGAUGAUGGGGUUGGGCAAUGUUGGCCCUCAUCUAACUCGCGAGGACGCGGCUGAUAUUUUCAUGACUCGAGACGGCGGAAUUACCUGGAUAUCUGUCAAGAAAGGUAGAUGGGUUUACGAGUAUGGUGAUGCUGGGUCAAUAAUUGUGAUUGCUCCAGAGUCUAAGCCAACAAAAUCCCUUUAUUACACCACCGAUGAAGGAGAUAGUUGGCAGGAAUAUGAGUUCUCUGAGGUAGAAUUGGAGGUACUCGAUAUCUCGACUGUACAAUCGGAUACCUCAAAAAAUUUCCUCCUUUGGUGCAGGAAACCAGGAUCUGAGAAGGAGCUCACCACAGUCAAUGUUGAUUUCAGUGGUCUUUAUGCCACCUCAUGCGAAUUCGAAAGUGAUGGCAGAGUUGGCAAGGACUACGAACUUUGGGAGCCAAAGCAUCCCUUCCAAGAUGACAAUUGCCUAUUCGGGCAUGUUGAGCAGUACCGCCGCAAGAAACCCACCUCUAAAUGCUGGAACAAUUGGCGCGGACCUCGCUUGCAUAGUAUUGGCUCAAAUUGUACCUGUUCCAGACAGGAUUAUGAAUGUGACUAUAAUUUUGAGCCGCAGAGCGAUGGCAGCUGUGCCCUCGUUCCUGGACUUGAGAAACAAGACGCUGCUGCCUAUUGUAAGGCUAACCCCGAUGCCAUUGAGUAUUGGGAGAAGACGGGGUACCGACGUAUUCCCCAAACUACUUGCCAAGGUGGUAAGAAUCUCGACCACCUUGAACGAAAGCCUUGCCCUGGUAAGCAUGAGGAAUUCGACAAGAAGCAUGGUAUAAGCGGCGUCGGGCUGUUCUUCGCCAUUGUCACACCAAUUACAGUGGCGGUAGCUGUUGGGUACUAUGCCUUUACUAGAUGGGAUGGAAAGUUUGGUCAAAUCCGUCUGGGGGAAACCCAAGCCACGUCCCAGGGUUUCCUAUCUCGGGAUUCCUUGCUAAUCACUGUCCCGAUCGCAAUUGUCGCGGGCAUUGUCGCCGUCGCAAAGACCCUCCCACUACUCGCUACAAGUCUAUGGAGAAGUGUCAGUGGCUAUGUCCAUAUUGGGCGUAAUAGGGGUUACUCGCGGCCCUACUCAUCACGAGCUUCAUUCGCAGCUCGACGGGGUGAUUACACCAGUGUUGUUGACGACGAAGACGAGCUUCUUGGCGUCGAAGAAGCAGAAGCCGAGGAGGACGACGAGUUAUAAUGGAAUGGGCAACCCUUCCUUUACUGUUUUGACCAGAUCUAUAUGUGCCAUGAGUGUUUAUGUAAUUUAUGAGCGCGCAGUACUUUGGACAACUUUGCUAUUUUGUGUACGUGUAAAGCUCUCUUGCUUGGCGGGAUCAAAAUCCUAAACAGAGGGCGCAAGAAUAACAAUAGAGCUUCAGAUCAUUUUUCACCCAAACUUACAUCUACUGGAGUACCUUAACCUUUAGUCACGUUCAAGAAAUUGAAGAUGUUUCAGGC